AUGUCCCCUCCCGACGAUAAACCCGCCGACACUGCGCCUGGCGCACCCAAAUUCAUCUCUAUCUUUUAUGACGAGGACGACAACCCCCUCGACACUACGGCAGCUGCGGGUCGCCCUGUUCUUCGUCUUGACAAAGCAGGCAAGAUCAUCCUCAGCCCUGUUCCUCCUAUCGCCGACAUGACUGUUCCCCUCCAGUCAGAUGACAAAAGCACCUCCUACCCCGGCCAUCAGCUACCUCCUCAUCUACUCUCUGGCCCCACCCCACGCGCGCCAGCCUCGGAGAGUCAGACGUCUAGCCAGGAUAGUCUUCGGCUUAGUGACCUCCAGGUCAUUAUCGA